AGAGAGAAGAUGAGCGAUCCAGAACCCUGCAGAAUCAAACACACUGAAGAAAAAGCAGAGUUGAUUGAAGAAAAUGAGCAGAAUGAAGAAUUGAGUGAAGUUGAAGAGAAAAAUCAUGUUAAAACUGGAUGCACCCAGUGUGGAAAGAGUUUGACAAGCAAAUAUGGUCUUGAUGUUCACAUGAGAGUUCAUACUGGAGAGAAACCGUACAGUUGUGAUCAGUGCGGGAAGAGUUACACACGAUCAUCAAGCCUUAAGGGCCACAUGAACAUCCACACUGGAGAGAAACUGUAUGCAUGUGAUCAAUGCAGCAAAAUGUUUUUGAGGGCAUCAUACCUGAAGAAUCACAUGAGAGUUCAUACUGGAGAGAAACCAUUCAGUUGUGAUCAGUGCGGGAAGAGUUUCUCACAAUCAUCAAACCUUAAGGUACAUGUGAGGAUCCACACUGGAGAGAAACCAUACACUUGUGAUCAAUGUGGGAAGAGUUUCUCACUAUCAUCAACCCUUAAUGAACACAUGAACAUCCACACCGGAGAGAAACUGUAUGCAUGUGAUCAAUGCAGCAAAAUGUUUUUGAGGGCAUCAUACCUGAAGAAUCACCUGAAAGUCCAUACAAAGAAGAAGCCACAUUCAUGUUAUUUGUGUGGAAAGAGUUUUUCACAUCUACAAUAUUUGAAAGAACAUCAGAAAAUACAUACUGCUGUGAGAGAGUACAUGUGCUUUGAGUGUGACAAGACUUUUACUUCAGCAAACUCCCUGAAAACACACGAGAGGAUCCACACUGGAGAGAAACCGUACAAGUGUUCACACUGUGACCAGAGAUUCAGUCAGUCAGGAGCCCUGAAAACACACAAGAGGAUCCACACUGGAGAGAAACCAUACAAGUGUUCACACUGUGACAAGAGAUUCAGUCAGUCAGCAAAUCAGAAAACACAUGAGAGGAUCCACACUGGAGAGAAACCAUAUCACUGCACUGCAUGUGGGAAGUGUUUCAAUCAAUCAUAUUCUCUACACAGACACACACAAAACAAUCACAGUAAGUAG